CGGCGGCUGGUUUCGCCGGCUGGGGCGUCGGAGCAGAGCCCCGGGCGCGGCGGCCCAGUGGAGUUGCCCUGGACCGUGAGGACUUUGGCUCUCCCCGAAGACUCUGGGUCCCAGGUGUGCAGGUUGGGAAGCGGCACCUACAGGACUUUUGGGCUCCAUCCCUGUGACCAAAUCACCUGCCCCUUCAGGAGCCAAGGUGAUGGCUUCAAAAUCCGAGAAGAGGGUUGCCUCAUCUGUCUUUAUCACCCUGGCACCCCCUCGCCGAAAUGUGGCCGUGGCUGAGGAAGUGAGGGGGGCAGCUUGUGAGGCCCGGCCUGGCUGCCCCAGGGACUCCUCUGCCCCGACGAAGGCACCCGGGGCUGGCUCGGCAGGGAGGCCCAGCCCCCGGACACCCCUUGGCAAGGCUUUGGCAUUGACACCAGCUGUACCCUUUCAGCUCUCCAAUGGAGGAUGUUCCCCCCCUCCUCCUACCCUGGAAGGUGAGGACUCACUUCCUGACCUGGACCUCCUCCCACCUCCUCCGCCACCCCCACCGGCAUACCUGCCACCUCCAGAUGAGGAGCCCCUUGGCCCAGUGGGGGCAUCACUCAUAGCGGACUUAGAGCAGCUGCAGGUGCAUCUGCCUCCACCCCCACCCCCACCACAGGCCCCAGCAGAGGGGCUUCCGCUGCAGCCUCGGCCCGGUCAUCUCAGACCCAAGGAAGAGGAGCUGCCGCCUCCCCCAGAAGAGCCUGUUGGUGUUCCCGAGAGAGAGACAUCCACAGACAUCUGCGCCUUCUGCCACAAGACCGUGUCCCCCCGAGAGCUGGCUGUGGAGGCCAUGAAGAAACAGUACCACGCCCAGUGCUUUAUGUGCCGUACCUGCCGCCGCCAACUGGCCGGGCAGAGCUUCUACCAGAAGGAUGGGCGGCCCCUCUGUGAGCCCUGCUACCAGGACACCCUGGAGAAGUGUGGCAAGUGCGCAGAGGUGGUCCGGGAUCAUAUCAUCAGGGCCCUGGGCCAGGCCUUCCACCCCAGCUGCUUCACAUGUGUGACCUGCGCCCGGUGCAUUGGGGACGAGAGCUUUGCCCUGGACAGCCAGAACGAGGUGUACUGCCUGGACGACUUCUAUAGGAAAUUCGCCCCUGUGUGCAGCAUCUGUGAGAAUCCCAUCAUCCCCCGAGACGGGAAGGAUGCCUUCAAAAUCGAGUGCAUGGGAAGAAAUUUCCAUGAAAACUGCUACAGGUGUGAGGACUGCAGGAUCCUCUUGUCUGUUGAGCCCACUGACCAAGGCUGCUACCCCCUGAACGACCACCUCUUCUGCAAGCCAUGCCACGUGAAGCGGAGUGCUGCAGGGUGCUGCUGAGAGCACCCGCUGGGUGGUAGGCAGCCAGCGGCCCACUCGGCCUGGUCAGGGGCCCUUCCCUGACUUUGUUUCCCUUCCUGACCUGCUCUUGCACACUUUCCUUUCAAGCCUCAACACGGAGCAGCCUGCAGCCCUGCCCAUCAUGGCUGGGACCCAGGGGCCUAAGCCCCCCUAGGCUGGGCCUCCUCCCAGCACAGGUUUGGGGUGGCUGGUGGACAGCACCUCAAACUUUCAGCCCCGCCUCUGACCCCUCCAGACACUGGAGAGCUUCUAUGCAGUGAGCAUCAUGCCCAGAAGUCGCAUUUCCAAGGCUCUGGCACCCAUUUCCAGGGGAGAGUUAGGUGGUCCCCAGAUGGUGCCCAGCAUCCCUAGCACUGACCCUUUAGCUGUCUAGUUGGGGGUGCUAAGGAGUUUCUGUGGGGCACAAAUGGUUAAAUACUUAACUACUAGCUGAAAGGUUGGCACUUUGAACCCACCCAGAGGCGCCUUGGAAGACAGGCCUGGCAAUCUGCUUCCAAAAGGUCACAGCCUUGAAAACCCUAUGGAGCACAGUUCUACUCUGCACAAAUGGGGUCACCAUGAGUCAGAAUCUACUUGACAACAAUGAACACCACCAGCAACAGGGGGUGCUGGGACCAGCUCUGACUUGCAGAACUGAGCUGUUUGAGUAAAAUCCCAAGGUCCCUCAUAAAGUGCUUUUUUUUUUUUUUUUUUUUAAGCUUGAGGUUUGAACUGUGGAAAAUAGGAUUCCCUGGAUUCGUGGUGGCCUGGCCAUGGACAUCUCACAUCUGAGACUUGUACUGUUGGAAUGGGGAUGGGGCUGGCCCAGGAGGGAGCCUGCAUAGCAGGGGCAGGAGGAGGUGGUAUUGCCUAGACAGCCAGGGCUGUAGGCAACCCCUCCACCCUGCCUCAGGUGCCUCCUCCUGUGUGCUAUAGUGAUUUAACAGGCAUGAAUUGAGCGCCUGCUGUAUGCUGGGGAACGGAGUGCAGGACUCGGAGUGUUCUUUCUGCACCCUUGGCUGGGGCCUUGCACACUCAUCCCUACACAUGGACACACCCUUCCAGGACAGUGCCGGCGGCAUCCCUUCAGCCCCCUGGCUGUGCCCCCAAGCCCUCCUGCCCUGGCUGCCCUAUGACCACUGCCUCGGCAAGGCCACGCCUAGAAGACUCUUCCCUUUUAAAGAAAACCACUGUUGUUGCUUCGUGACUUCUCAGACUUGGCGAUGGGGCGUGAAGAAAUGAAACAAUUAUGCGUUCUUCCCUGGAGUCUUUGUAAUGGAGCACACGCACCAGUGAGGAUGCCCAGAUUCUGAGUACCUGGGAGAGUUUCUUUGUAGACCUGUUUAGGGGCUUCAGGCCAAAGCACAGCUUCUUGCCCUAAGCUUAGAGCAGCGAGUCUCAAACUUUAGUCAUGCACAUACCACCUUGACAGUUGUCGUAACCAAGGACCAUCUAUUCUGUUACUGCCUUAGUAGUUCCUUUAAAUCAACACCCUUCAUUUUCACUCAUUUCCAACUUUAGCCUUGUGCUAAGCAAUAUCCCCACCCAAUCACAUGCUGAUGUGCUAGUUAUGUUUUUUCCUAUUACACAUUAAAAUAAAUACUUAAGUUUGAAAA